AAAAAAAUAAAUAAAUAUAAAGAGAGUUAGUGCCUUCUGGUACUCUGGAAGCCCUACCCAGCCCUUACCCCGCCUGCGUCUCAGGUCUCAGAUAAAAGCUUCGUUACAUCAAGGGAACUUCUGGUGAAGCAGAAAAUGGUGCGGCAUCAUAGAAUGAAAGGGCAGAAGCGAAAGAAGCGGGAGGAGAACUAUGACAGAGAAGAAAUGGAACAAAUGAUUGAAGAGGAGAAGGCAACGAUAGAUACCCAUGAUGAGCCCAACGCCGAACAGACCGUCGAUGAGCUUCCGGGUAUUCCAGUUGUUACAUAUGACCAGAGCUCUAAGGCAGGGGCAAUCUUUGUUCUUGAGAGGGCUUCUUUGGAAGUUGCUAAAGUCGGAAAGAGUUACCAGAUUUUGAACUCGGAAGAUCAUUCCAAUUUUUUGCGGAGAAAUAACAAAAACCCUGCCGAUUACAGGCCUGAUAUUGUUCAUCAGGCACUCCUAACAAUUCUAGAUAGCCCACUUAAUAAGGCUGGGAGGUUGAGAGCUGUAUAUGUGAGAACUGAGAAAGGUGUUCUUUUUGAAGUUAAGCCACAUGUUCGUAUUCCAAGGACAUAUAAGCGGUUCUCUGGUAUCAUGUUGCAGCUGCUUCAAAAACUAAGUAUAGCUGCAGUUGGUAAGCGUGAGAAACUUUUGCGUGUGAUUAAGAAUCCUGUAACGCAGUAUUUUCCUGUGAACUCUCGCAAAAUAGGUUUUUCAUAUAGUUCAGAAAAGUCCUUUCAAAUGCAGGACUAUGUGGCUGCUAUUAGUGAUGAUGUGAACCCUGUUUUUGUGGUUGGUGCAAUGGCCCAUGGAAAAAUUGAUAAGGAGUAUAUGGAUGAUUAUAUUUCAAUUUCAGAUUAUCCAUUGAGCGCUGCCUGGUGCAUCUUUACAAUUUGUGGGUCUUUGCAGCAGAAGUGGAAGAUAUUUUAAAUGUAUCCUUUCUUCUGUUUGUAGUCAAUAUUGCAGUUUCUAAAUCUAGUUUGAGGGUUGUACAUUGAUAAUUUUUUGCAUUUUGAUAUAGAGAAUUGAUAAGAGAUGCCAACUAAUUUUUUGGCUGGUGUAUGAACUCGUGCAUUUGGCUGUAUUAUGAUUUCUGAUUAACCUGUCAAGAAGAUUUAGACAGAAAUUCAAUUAGAAAAUUUGCACC